UUUUAGUUUGUGACUGAUGCAGUUGAAAGACACACCACCAACAUCUCCAUGUAGCAAUGAAACAAUGGAUUAUAAUGAACUGUUUGAAGAUGAAGUUGAGGAGGUUAUUGAUGGUGAAGCUGCAAGUAGCAAUAAUUACAUAGAAGCAAAUGAUGCAAGUGAUGAAGAUAUUGGCAUAGGCUUAGAAGGCAGUGAAAAUUCUGAAGGAAAUAACCCUGUGAGGGAUGAUUCAGCAUCUGUAUUUUCUCAUCAUAAAGGUUCUGUGUUUUGCUGCCAUUUACAGCCAAAGGCUGGCAGAUUGGCUGUGACUGGAGCAGAGGAUGAUAUGGCAUAUGUUUGGGAAACACAUUCAGGAGAAGUAGUGUUACAAUGCAAGGGCCACAAGGACUCUGUGACCUGUGUUAGAUUCAACUAUGAUGGGUCUUACGUUGCAACUGGAGACAUGAGUGGUGUCAUACAAGUAUGGAAAAUAGCUAACAAGUUACAAGUAUGGGAAACAUGUAUUGGCGACCUGACUUGGCUGAGGUGGCAUCACGGAGCAAAUGUCUUGCUAGCUGGAACUGAGUCGGGGGAGGUAUACGUGUGGAGAAUUCCAGGAGGAGAAUGCAAAGUGUUGCCUGGCCAUGGUGACAAAGCAGACUGUGGACUCAUGUUGCCUGAUGGCAAACGUAUGGCGAUAGGUUAUGCAGAUGGCUCACUUAAAAUAUUUGACACAAAGACUGCGACAGUAUUACACCACGUACCUCAAGGACAAGCUCACACUGGUACAAUUACUGACAUGGACUGCCAUCCUGAUAACAACUUGCUUAUCUCUAGUAGUGUGGAUGGACAUGCUGUUGUGCUCAAAACUCAAACUGGAAAGGAUUCUCCUUAUAAGUCAGUAGCUGACUCUUCACAAGUUCCUGACCUGUCAACGGCAUAUGGAAACAAACCCCAUUGA